AUGGUUUUUUGUCUUUCGUUAAAAUGGCUAUUAUCGCAAAAACUGGUUACAAGGUUAAGGGUAUAGACAGUGUGGUUGUCAGAUUUUACCCUCAGGUACUGGGUAUACAGAAAGUCCAUGAGCAUAACCUUUGCAAUGCACUUCGUGAUUUCGGACUCAUGUUAAAAUCAGACUGCAAAGAGGAGCUUCUACGAUACAAUUACGACUUUCUCAAAUUUGUUCAUACAAUGAGGUCAAGUGAACUUUGUAUGAUCGCGCAUGGAUAUUCGCUACUAGGAUUAAAUGAUCUGAAGUGGUGGGAUGCAUUUACUAAGGUUGCUUCCAAGAACUCCUUUGACAUGGAUGGCAAGGAAAUGUCUGGUAUUUUAUACUCCCUGAGUAAAGUAUACACCGGGACGCAUCCGCUUAUCGCUAAACUUCUAGAGGAAUCUAAAGAUUGGAUUCCAAGUGCCUCUCCAAACACAUUAUCGCUUUUGAUAAAGGUAGUUGUGAAUUUGAAAAUAGGUGACACCUACCUUGAAUAUAUCAACACCCGGGCCAUGGAGAUAAUCAAUGAGCUUAAGAUGGUCGACAUCAUAUUCUUUAUCACAGCGAACACGGAUGCUAAAACGCGUAACCUGGAACUAUACAGGACACUGUGUUUGCGUGCAAUAGAAUUAUUUGAUGAAAUGGAGCUGCAUCAUUUACGCGCUUUAGCAGCUUGCCUUAGUAUUGCUGGAUAUAAAUCGCACCUAUUCUUUAAUGUGUUGGCAUUUAAGCUCGUUGAUAUUUGCCGCACUAGAAAAAUUAGUGACGGUGACCUCAUAUCGCUCUUCCUAGGCUAUACAUCGCAAAAGUUUCUAACACAGAAUGACCUCUGCAUUGAUGUACAGGUCUACAAGCGCUUCCUCAAGAAACACGUAGGUCAAGUAUCUAAGGGUGCAUUUGAAUUCCCCCUAUAUGAUAUUACAAUCGUCUUAGCGGAAGCACUGGAAUACAACAUCCACAAGAUAACGUACCAUGGAAUGCCCAUAAUAAUACGUGCCAUAGCUAUCCUACGUCUUCCGGUGUCUGAUGAAUUGUAUAAUCGCAUUAUUAACGUGACAUCGGAGAGCGUUGCUAAUGGAAAAUAUGACGCCCUUAAACUUUCCAACUUAGUUGUGACAAUCGCAAAGCGCCGUCAAGAGCAUCCCGAAUUCUGGAACGCAGUUAUCAAGGCCAUAUCGGCUUAUGGCAAUGACAUCGACCCAGAUUUACUCGCCAAAAUGACAGUAACAGUCAGUAAUUGCACGAAUGAAGACAGUCGACGUGAAGUUUAUAGGCAUCUCCUUAAGUUGUCCACGGAAUGCAGUGGCAAAAUGUCACUCAAGUCAAUUAGUGCAUUCACAAGGGCCUUGGUUGCAAACAUGGAGAUUGAUGUACUCUGCUCAGAUGCAUAUAUCAACCCGCUUAUCUCAAGGUUUGAAAACCUGAUGCUACAUGAAAUAUAUGGUAUCAUCAAAUCAUAUCCAUUUCGUUCGGUCCCUUCGGACAAUGCAAAUGUUCUUCGGUUGACAUCCGUUUUGAGAGGGAUAUUGAGCAAAUCUGAACGGAAAACAUCAUGCUACGGUUCUUUAAAGGGGCUGCUAGAAUGUUGCCCAUAUAGCUCUGAACCGGGAGAAUAAGUGGACA